AUGUUCGGUGGCGUACCAGUACACGGGAUCGGCUCGAGGUCUUUGUCCGGAUGGUCGACGUUGUCCUCGUCCUCUUCUUUAACGUAUUACUACAUCCAUGCCCCGCGCAGUACCCGCAGAUGUUCGAACACACCAUCUUGUGCCUUCUGCACGAACAUUUUUUGGAUUCACACCCUUGUGUGCAGUUACAAGAAACCAUUUCGAGAAGGCGGUCUGGAGCCGGCUUACUUCGGUGGGUCACUGGGCUUAGGAGACUUAUCAAAUCCAGAACUCAGGAUAUUGACCGAUCAACUAGAAAAAAUAAGAUAUGGAGGUGAUGAAGUGGAAGUGAAACGUUUAUCGGUAAGGGGCCUUCUACCUGAAACGGACUAUUACAUGACAUACGACGGAUCAACGACGAUGCCAGCGUGUCAUGAAACUGUCACGUGGAUGAUCCUCAAUAAGCCGAUUUACAUCACAAAGCAACAGCUUACGCCCCAACUCGCUGUUGACACUCUUAAUUCGAUUAUAUCAUUAGCCGUCAAGGGAGUGCAUACGAAAUUAGCCACUUAA